AAAACAACAAAAAAAUCGAAACAUAUGAAGGGCCGAGAAAGCAACAGAAAGUUAAGAAACCCUGAUUAUCGAGUUCUGUGAGAUCUGCAAAACAAUACAAAAAAAAAAAAAAAACCUCUCUUCUUCUCUUCGCUAUCGAUUUUUUUUUUUUAAGUUUUCAAACUGAUAAAUUAAUCACACACAAAAAAACACAAACCUCUUGUUUAUUAUUUUAAGUUUGGAUCUAAAUUAAAUUAUUUUUCAAGAAAAAUUAUGAGGAUUCGGAAGAACGCGAACCACUCGUCGCUCAUGUUUUCUCCGGCAGCUUCAAGAACUGAGACGCAUGUUUGCCAGCUGAACCAGUCGCCGUGGGAUGUGAUUCCGUUCACUCUUCAGACUUACCAAUCUUAUCUUCUACAGUACGACGGAGCUGACGAUAGCUUCAACGGAAACGGUAGCUUAGGUGAUUCUAUUGGCGGUGUCGAGAGCAACAGCGUGGCGUCGUUAAUGGAAGAUGACAAAAUAAAAGUCGAUAAUAUAGGCAUGGAGGACGAUAAUUGCGAGAAUAAACGAGUGUUCGAAGGGUUUAAAUUCAAGCCGAAGAAGGCCGUUAAGAAAACUGACGGCAAACAGCUCCGGCAUUUCAAGAAUGAGCUGAAAGAGGAGGAUUCAAUGUGGGAUUAUCAGCUGAAAACUCGUACCAGUAACUCCAAUGUCACUUCUUGUAACGCCGUUAAUGUUAAUGGUAAUGAUAGUAAUGGUGUCAAGAAGCCGGAGAAAGCUCCGGUGGGGGCGCGCCGGGGACGGGGGAAAGGUGUAAAGAAAGGGCAAGCGUCGUCGAGUUCGAAUCCGUAUGAAUUUUACUAUUAUUCUGGGUUUGGACCGUUAUGGGGGAAAAGAAGAGGUGAGGGGAAUUCGAAUAAGGGUAAACUAACUGAAAAUACGACGUCGUUUUUAGCUCCGUCUCCAAUUGAAGAUCAUCUUGAUGAGUUUGAUUUUAUUGACGAUGACGACGACGAAGACGAUAGCGAAAAUGGCGAAUUUGGAAAGAAACGGAUGAGAAAACCAGUUAAAGCAAGAUCAUUGAAGUCUCUUAUGUAGACCAAAAAAAAAUUAAAAAAAAUGUUUUAUUUUAAGCGUUAUUUUGUAUGCUUAAAUUUUAUUUAUUUUUAGGGUUCUUUCUGGCUGGCUGUGAUAAUUUUGGUGCACAGUAAUUUGUGUUGUAUCGCGGGUGAGAUUAGAUUUGUCUCUGUAACAUGACAGUAGGAGGAAAGAUAGGGUGUGGGAGUAGUAGACUUGAAGAUCGUAUUAGUCAACUAUUUCCGAAUGUAAGGGUACUUUCGUAAUCUUAUCUUGUUCUUUUUUUUAAAA